CGUCAGCCCAAUCUCUUCCACUCUUAUCUUCUUCCUCCCUGCGUAUCCUCGACAGUCAUUUAAUGGAGUCUCUUUCUAUGAUCCUUUUGUCUUCUCCACUCUUCCAAAACCACCCCAAAACCCUCAAACCAAUCUCUUCGCACUCCAUUUCUAAACAAACCAAAUCUCCCGCCACUAAAUUAACCUCUCCCUCACCCUUUCUUCACUCUCUAAACCCUCUCUUAUCGCUUCAAAAAUCUUCUCUUUUACAAACCGUAGCCAAGACCCAUGUCUCUUUCACCUUAUUUAACCUCUUUGCUUCCUUCCCUUGCCUCGCCGCCUCCGAAACAGUAAUAUCUCCAACCGUGCCAGGCAAAGUAAACCUCGAAGCAGUGUUGGUUUCGGUCGAUGAUUUUUUUAACAAAAACCCAUUUUUCGUUGCUGGCUGCACUUUAAUCUGGCUCGUUGUUGUACCUUUAAUUGGACAGUACUUGAGCAAAUGCAAGUUUGUGCCCGCCAUUGAUGCUUUUAGGAAGCUACGUGAUGACCCGAAUGCACAACUUUUGGAUAUUAGAGAGAAAAGAACUCUGGCUUCUUUGGGAUCCCCUGAUCUGAAUUUCUUGAACAAGGGCACGGUUCAACUUCAGUAUAGUGCUGAAGACGAGGAUGGGUUCGUGAAGAAAGUGCUGGAGAAGUUCCCUAACCCUGCAAAUACCAGUAUCUGUGUGCUUGAUAAUUUUGAUGGAAAUUCCUUGAAAGCAGCUGAGUUAUUGUAUCAGAAAGGCUUUAAGGAGGCUUAUGCAAUCAGGGAUGGAGUCAUGGGCAAGAAAGGAUGGAUGGCUAUACAGGAGACCCUUUUGCCACCUUCUGUACAUAUUAAGCGCAAGAAGAAGAAGAAUAAGGUCCAAACUUCUCAAGGUUUUGGAGCAGUCAAUCAAGUUGAGGAUAAGAAAGAUGGCUCCUCUCCUACAAAUGCUCCUGUAAUGGAAAGCCAAACGAUGGAUCAUGAAGUUACCGAAUCCAUUCCACUUGCAAAAUAUCCGGAUCUGACGCCACCGUCUUCACCGACUCCAUCACAACCACGAGAAUGAUACACGGUGAGUAUCAUAGCCGGAGGACACGAUUCCUGCAUGGACUAUUCAUUGCUUGAAUGUCAUUCCACUGCUGGGAAGCACAUUUUUCAUUUUUGUAAAAUACUUAUAUAAUUCUUCUUGAGAGAGUAUUCAAUGUUAUAUUAUGUCAAACCGAUGCAAUUUGAGAACCAGAGUG